CUGAGCGAAGAGUCACAGCAGCUGUGGCCACUUCAGGUUCGACCUCGUGCUCUUGGUGUUCUUGCUCACAUGCUGGUUACUGCUCAAAAUGAGCAUGACAAAGAGUUUGCAGGGUCAGCUCAUCCGUUGUGUGAGAGAGCUUGGCAAAGGCUCGUUGUUGCGUUGACACACCGAAUUAUUAAUGAUCAGAAAAGCAGAGAGGAUCUCAACGUUGAGCAUAUUCAAGUGUUGCAGUUGGUUUUCGAGCAUUUUGGCCCAGAUCAAAUGAAACUGUUUCAGAACUCCAUCUGUCCAUCGUUGUUGGAAGUAGCAGAACACGUCAGUCUGUGUUCUGAUGUCCCUCUGCUGGCUUCGCGACUUCUUCUCAUUUUUUACUACGUGCUUCACACAUUGGCAGGGACACCAACUGACAAAUCUGUUACAACAUUCUCAUUGGUCAGGAAAAAUGUGUUCAAGUGUGGUGGUUCAAGUGGUUUGAUGCCGAAAUUGAUGGUGAAAUGUGAUCCAGAGGCUGUGAAUUUCCAUUCCUUUUUUGGGAAUAUGAACAGUCAGUAUGAAAUGGUAUUAUCAGAUAUGGAGAAGAAGGACAGAGACGACAGCAGUUUGAUUAGUGAACAAGUGCCGUUGUUUUAUCAGCUGAUAUCGAUACGGUCAGAAGAGAAACCAAAUUCCAAAGUUGUUUCAGUUCUUCAUGUGGCAACUCCUGGUGGCUACUCUCAAAUCUACCAUUGUAUUAUCAAUCUAAUGUCACUUGGAUGCUGCUGUUCCAUGAUAAUUGAAGAUGGUCAUGCUGGAAUACAGGCUGGUGCAUCUGUCACAUAUGCAUUUGUUCUGUGUUGGCAUUUGAUGAUGUCUUUGCCUCCUUCACCUGAGAUUCUGGAUUUGGUGGAGACAAUCCCGAGCAUGAGUUUAAAGACUCCACUGGAUUGGUGUAAGUACUUGAUGUGCCUUUUUGUCAUAAAUUAUCUUUGUGGAGGAGAGUGGGAACAAGAUAAAAUUGUGAAAUGUUUGGUUGACAGCGGAGUCGAGGAAAGUGAGAGUUCUGCUGCUAAACGCAUUGAGAAAGUGCUUGAGUGGACAAAUGAUCCGUUUGCACGUUUGACUGUAUUACAGCACUGCCUCGAAGAAUUGUUAGGAGUGUGUAUUGAGAUGACCACCACUCCUUUUACUAUGCCAUCACCGCUCCUCUUUGCUUGCUUCGAUGCAACAUUAGCCGACUUUCACUUGACUCUUGACAGCGUCUACAUUGAAAAGCCAGACGAACGCUUGCUCGAAGACACAAGAAUGGUGACAGACAAAACAAUCCCUGUUGUGCUUAAAGCUCUGACAUCGAUACUUCGUUUGGCAAGAUUUUAUAUCAUUGGCAAGUCCGAAAGUUUUGGCAGCUCUCUCUUAAUCGCUGGCUCGAAGAUUCCAUCUAUGAGUGACUCAGUACUUUCAUCAGUUGUGUUGACUGUAUGUAAAGUGAGGAACAAUCACAUGCCAAAACAGUCUAGUGACUGCACUCUAAGUAUAAAGCUUCCGGAUGCGAUUGAGAAGGUCAUCAGAGACUGGGAAGACACCGUGUGGGCUCAGUUUCCAUCUGUUUCUGAUCACCUCACUGCUGACCAGAAAGGCAGCAAGGUCACUUGCAAACAUUUUGAAUCUGCAAGUUGUGCACACUUUGGAGUUCUAACAGAGAACAACAGCACGUACUAUGCUAGAGCCAUCAAACAUCUAAUGUUGUCUCUUGUCAAAUUAGCAGAUGACUUGUAUCGGUGGCGAGGGAAGGAGUAUGAGGAUGAGACAAAGGAGCUAGUGAUUGACACACUCAUGCCACUUACAACAGACGCAACAACAGGAUAUCUGUACAAAAAGUUUUCAGACCUUUUGGAGUGUGUCGCUGGCUCUCCACCUAAUGAAGCUUUCGUCAAGAGGCAACAGUCGUACAUACUUCGACAUUGCCACGAACUGUUAAUGAAUUAUGGUAGUGACACAAGUGAGUAUGUCCAUACCGUGCUGUCCAGCUGUAUUGCGUUUUUGCAAGCAAUGCUGGAGAAACCACAAAGCAGAGAAACCGUGUUAGAAUUCUAUUCAAAACAAGGAGAUUUGAUUGAUGUGUUGCUUAGUCCAUCAAAGCUCUCUCUACCAUGUAAAUAUAGUACGGAAGUACUCGGCUUGAUUAACAGUCUUCUCUCUUUGUAUGAGAAAUCUCCCAAAGAUGCUGUAUUGAAAGAUCUGGCACAGAAACUGUCCAAACUAGAAUUUGUGGAAAAGGAGACACUUGAAACUUGGCUGAAACACUUCAUUAUUGUCAAAGAUGAUGAUGUGAAUGCAGUUCAACUGUGUCAUUCAGCUUUGAACACAUUUGUUCAGUCUCUUGCUAAGGGCAACAAUCUCCUAUCUGAAGCUGCCUCUCUCAUGUUUUUGCGUGGACUUUUACCUCUCGGCUCUGUUUUGCUCCAAUCUCAUGAUGGUACUGGAUUUAGUGACUAUUUCUCAACAUGCAAAUGUCUAGCUGGUUUCUCAGCUGGACAGGGCCAUGUAGACCUUUUUCAAGCAGCAACAGAGUGGCUAAAGCUAAUGAAAUCACACGUUGAGGCUGAUGAACUAGAUAAGGGGUCAGCUGUUGUUCUUUCUACUUGCUCUCUACUUUGUUAUAUUGCCGAUGUAAUGUCUGCAUUAAAGACUUUGAGUGGCCGUGCUUCUUUUGGUAUCAAUGAUAGUAGUGAUCAUGAGUUUACUGUGCAAGAAGUUGAUUCUGACAGAGAGGAGGUGGAUGACGAUGACAAUGAUGCAUCAACAGGAGAUGAAUCGGAUGGUGAAGACGCUUUGUGCAAUCAACUUUGCACCUUUACAACUACACAGAAGGAAUUCAUGAAUCAACACUGGUAUCACUGUCACACUUGUGCUAUGGUCGAUGGUGUGGGUGUUUGUACUAUUUGUGCAAAAGUGUGUCACAAGGAUCAUGACUUGUCAUAUGCAAAAUGUGGCUCAUUCUUUUGUGACUGUGGGGCCAAAGAAGAUGGUAGCUGUAAGGCUUUGGUGAAACGAAUUCCUGGUGUUGAAGAAGAAACAGGCUCCCGGCAGCCAGAAGCAUUUAGAGGCAAACUCGAUUCUAGCAAAGGAGUCUUAACUAAGACCAAAGAUCAGAAAAGACACGCAGGCAGUCCUCAUUCAACUGCAAUGAAGCGAAGUAGAGAUGACAGCUCUGGGACAGCAUCUAAAGAGAUAUUGCAACUUGCCAGUAAAAUCAAGUCUUUGCAAAGCAGCGUUCAAGACAUAGCGAGAGACGGCAGUGUUCCCGAUGUAGCUCUUCAGUUGAUUCAGUCUCUGAUGCCUGGAGUACUAGAAGCCAGCAAGAAACAUCAGGCAGAGAUGGGUAUUACACAUGGAUUGAGAAUGAUCGCUAAGCUUCAUGUGGAAGCAAAAGAAGUGGAGACAGUUGACACACUGACUACUGGAACGUUGAGUUCUCAGGAGGGUGCCUUUGAGAAUGUGAAGCUAUCACUAAAUGGAGAGCAAGGACAGCUUGCAAAGAGGCUCAUUGGAUCAAACGUCCUCACAAGAGUUGGAAUGUGUGCACUUGGUGUACCUGGAGGAAAGAAGCACUUCCUUAUGGUUUGCCAUGACAAGGGAAAGAUUACAGUGUUGCAAUUAUCAUCACUUUUGAAACAAGCUGAGUCAUCCAAGAAGAAACUCACUCUGGCUCGCCUUUCCUCAUCAUCGGUUCCAUUUACAAUCUUGACCGCAGCAGCAAAUGUGUGUAACGAGGAUUGCGUAGCAGUAUGUGGACUAAAGGAAUGCCAAGUGUUGACGUUCAAUAGUAGUGGUACAGUUGUUGACCAUCUUGUUCUCCAUCCAUCACUGGAAGGCAGCAGCGCCAUUCUUAAACCGUUGUGGAUACCAGGUUCACAAACAGAGUUAGCUGUCAUUACCACCGACUUCGUCAAGAUUUAUGAUCUCUCAGUUGAUGCUAUCAGUCCACAUUUCUAUUUCUUGCUUCAGUCAGGAAAGAUCAGAGAUGCCACCUUUAUCUGUUCUGACAAGUCUCGUGCUCUUGUUGUUAUGUCAAGUCAGGGGCAAUUGUACAUUCAGCCAAUGGAUCAGUCAACAAGUGCUGAUCAUGGGCCAUUUUACCUAACUUGCCCACUUACUGUUGACCACCCCAGUUUGCAGGAAUCUGAUGGUCAAAUUGCCGAGGGAGGAAUAUCUGUGCAUUAUUCACAUCCACUGCAAUUGCUGUUUUUCAGCUUCUCGCAAGGUCACUCAUUUGCUGCAAGUAUGAAUGAAGAUCAAACUGCAGUGCAGAAGAUAUUCCCAAUCAUCUACAAGAGUGGUGGUGUAAAAAAUCAAUCAGGUUUAAGUCAGUGGAGUGAUGUGGUCAAUCAUCCCGGUCUCCUUGUUUGCAUGACUCAACCUGCUGGCACACCUGUCAUGUUGAUGGUCAAACCAGAUCGCUUUCUUGUUCAAGAGUUUAAGAACGUUCCAUCUAAAUCAAAAGCUCAGGGAAUUAUUUCAGUUCGACAUGGGUCUAGUGACCAGCAGGCAUCUCAACACACAACAACUAUUGUUUUGUGUGAAGAUGGCAGUUUAAGGAUUUACCUUGCCAGCAAUGACAAGACAAAGUUUUGGCUCUCUCCAGUUUUCCAGCCAACGAGUCAAUUGAGUGUGAUUCGAGGUACAUCCCACAAGAAGUCUGUUAGAUCAACAGGUCGCAGUGGUCAAGUGAAGCUUCCAGUAGACUUCUUUGAAAACGUUCAGAUGCAGUCAGAAAUUGAAUUUGGUGGGAAAGAUAUUCUUCACGUUUACAACAGUCAGCAAGUUAAAUUGAGGUUGAACACUACUGGGAUGUACAUUGCAUCUUCUAAACAAGGUGGAUUUGAAAUUGAAGUGAAUAAUCCUGUUGCAACGAUGGUUAUGGUGGGAGUUCGUGUUCAAGUUGGCAGUCAGUCAAUAGAAAGGGCGCCAUCAUAUGUGGAAGUGUUUGGACGUCAGAUUCCAAUUUCAAUUACAAGGAACCGUUGGUAUGAUGUUCCAUUCACAAGAGAAGAAGUUCUUACUGCAGACAAGAAGUUUGUUCUGAAAUUUGGUUCGAGUGGUGACCCAAGUGACAUCACGAUGGUUGAUUCCAUUAAAGUGUUUGUCAAAGCCAAAGAGGCAUUUGGAUGGCCUGAUGAGCCUCAAGAAGAACUCAUGGGGGCCUUUCCAUUAUCACAAACUGCUAUUGCUGAAACACUGAACAUUGCCAGUGAAUCUUUUCUCACAAUGCCAUUCACCAAUAUGGACCAGAUCGUUGCCAGCUGUCUACAGAUUUUGGACGGUAGCAUUACUCAAGACUGGAAAGAAAAUGUGCAGUUUAGGGAGGCUUGUCUUUCUGUUGCAACGCAGUUAUUGACUGCUAGUUGUCCACCUGUUGUGUUUACACAAACUAAAGCACUUCUUGCAACAAUUCACCCCACAAAGCAAGCUUACUAUCUACACAAGGAUGAGGCCCAGUUGUCAAAAGUUGUUCAGCUGCUCAUUUCUGUGACAGCAAAAGCCGAGCCCAUGGAUGUUGAUUCUUUCCAAGAGCUACUUGUUGUGGCCCGCAGUGUUGGUGCUGUCAGACCAUUCAGUUUGUGUUCAUUUAUUGGCAAGCACUCAGUUGAUGCAAAGCAAGUUUGUUUGACUGAAGAGACUGGAAACGACGUGGUAAAUAGUGAAAACGAUGAAGUCAAAGAUGGAAUAAAUGACACGCUUGAAAUGAAGGUCACUCAAUUUGUCAAUAAAUUGAUGGAGUGUUUCUGGCAACUGUAUGCUGCACGAUGCACAAGUCAGACAGUUGCAGCUGUAUGCAGCGGAGGAUUGGUACAAGUUGAAGCCACCGUAACCGCUUUAGUUGAGAUUAUCCACUCAUUUCUCUUGGCUGAAACGUCACUCAUUAGUCUGGCAGCAGACUGCUAUGCACAACUGCUACUUUGUCAGGAUCCAGCUGUUAGCUUUGCUUGUCGCCAAGCAAUUGAAUAUACUCUGAAGCCUAAGAAAAAGCGGAGACGUGUUGUAGUUGCGGCUCCUGUUGCCCCUGCACCUAGUCAAACAGUUACUAAAAGUGACAAACAGCCAGAGUCGCUUCCACCAGAAUCAGUAGCUGAGGAAGACGAAGAAGAGCGGCAACAAGAGAGAAGACCGCAUGAUCGAGAGGCUGCAGCAGCCUUUCGAAGAAUGGUUGCUAGUCAUGUGUCAGCAUCAGGAAGGCCUCGGAUGCCUUUGCCACCAUCCAUGGCUGAUAUGAUGGAUGACUACAUGGCUGCUGGUCACCCACCUCCUCCUGAAGCAGUUGAGAUGAUGAUGGGGUCAUAUGGUGUGAUGGCUGGUCGUGGCUCUGGUUCUCGAGCUCCGCGGUCUGCAAUGCUCGAUCACAUGCUACAGAUGGCUGGUAUGGUUGAUGAUGAUGCAAUGAUGGAACUUGCUAUUCAACUCAGCUUACAAGAACAGGAAGGUGGCGGUAGCACAUCAUCUCCAAGAGGUCAGCAUUCAACUCAGGCUAGUCAUGAAAGGAUAGUAGCCAGAGAGAGACAGCAAAUGGCUGCUGAAGAUUCUAGUGCAGGUCGACGAGGUGAUGAGCGACAACCACAAGCUCAACCACGAGAGUGGCAAUCAACAUCUCCUGACUAUGGUGCUGCUGAAGAGGUAGACAGUCUAUCACAGAGCACACUGUCUGGUGAUGAAACUCAUGAAGAACAAGUUUCAGUCCAGCAAGAAGAUGCAAGUAAAGUUAUCGAAGUGGUGGAAGGUGUUUUGCAAGAACGCGCAGAUUCAUUUUCUGGAGACGCUCUUGAAGUGGCUGACCCACAUGUUGAUGAUAUUUUGCAUGAAGCUGAGUUAUACGAUGAUUUGGCUCACCAGAUGGAAGUGCUUGAUAUGGGCUUGGACGAAGGUCUUGUCGUGGCUCACCCUCAUCAGUUACUGGAAGCAGAGGCCCAACAAGACUUUUCAGUGGAGCCAAUUCAAGAGGAAGAGAAGCAACAACAAGAAAUACAAGAAGCUUUGGAAAUGAAAGAAGACAGUUCUUUACCAUUUGAAGAAGCUGUACCAGGAGACGGGGAUUCAAGUUGUGAAAUAGAUGAUGAGCUUAUCUCAAUAAAUUCUCAUCUCCAUCACUUGCGUCUUCUUUUGUUAAAGCUAUUGCUGAAGCAUGUUCCAGAGCUGAAAGACAAAGGUGGCGUUCAGUCUAUUCCAUUUCUUCAAGUUCUUCUUUACCUCUCAUCUCACCUUGGCAAUAAUGACGAUGACAGAGAGACUUUGAAUAGCAUGUUGCAGUGUCUUGUUGAUUUUUUGGAUUUGCAGGGUGCAAACACAGAAUGUGUUGCUGAGAGAAGUAGUCAAAAGGAAGUUCAGAUACUCAUUCUUAGAUUCUGCAGCAUGCUCAUGUCAAAGAGCAAACCUUCCGAGUCUUUGUGUGACAUCCCUUUGGCAACUUGUGAAGCUCUCAUUUGUAAUGGCGCUGUAGAUUACUGUCUUAAAGGGUUGUCUAGUCUACUUGAAUAUUGGAAGGAACAAAAGAGCAGUGAGGUGCAGCUUGAGGGCACAUUGACCGUCCCUGGUGCUCUGUUGAAGCGACACUCUCAGUUUCCUGUUCCUGACAUGUCUCCUUUCUUCAUGAGACAGUAUGUGAGAAGUCACAUGAAGGAUAUAUUUGCAUCAUACCCUCAACUUCUCACAGAAUUGCUACUGCGUGUUCCAUAUCAAAUUAAGAAGGUGUCUAGUGGUGCUGCUGUGCCAAGAGUCGAGUUUGGAAAGGCUUGGAAAAGCUGUUUGGCUGAGUUUAUGCUAUUUCAGCAAUCUACGCCUGUCAAGAAACAAGUUAGGAAGCUUCUGUUGGUGCUAUGCAAAACCAAAGAGAAAUAUCGUCAACUGAGAGAUCUUCAUGCUUUAGCCUUUCAUCUACAGUUCAUUCGAGAUGUUUGUGCUCGAGGAGGAUUUGAUGCAGUUUGCACUUCAUUUGUGCCUCUGUCUUUGCCUUAUGAUACAUUACUGACUCUCAUGGAACGUUUGAAGGCAUGCAGUGAUAUUGCACUUUCUCGAACUACCAACUGGCAACAUUUCUGUCGUCAAGAACCAGGAACUCUUCUUUACCUAAUGCAGCUUAGUUUGCAGCUGCCAGAGGGCAUUGCACAGCCACUCCUUCAGCUCAUGGCUUGUGCAUUAUGUGGUGGGCCAACUUUGCCACCAUCGAAGAGCCAGACACGCAAAGAAAAGGGGCAGCAGUCACCAACAGCACCACAAACCACACUAAACCAAGCUCAAAUCGAAGUGAGUGAGAAACUUGUAGAGCAGUUAAUGGGUGUUAUUUCGGAUCGCCUUCUCACUACAUUUGUGAGAGUUUUUAUGCUUGAGUCUAACAGCUCCAACAUUCGAUGGCAAAGUCAUGCACUGUUAACUACGUUACAUAAACAUUCAAAGUCAAAACAACAGCAACAGCUUGCUGAACUUGUCUGGGCUUUGUGGCCUCAGCUUCCUCUUUAUGGUCGUAAGGCUACCCAGUUUGUUGAUCUUCUUGGCCAUUUUAUUACUAAAAGCCCUUCGCCAGUUACUGACGCUAAGUCAUACUCAUCACGUGCAAUUGAAUUGCUGAAAUCACAGAAUAAGCUGCUUCGUUGUCAUCCCAACUCACAUGUCUAAGUUCUUCAGGCAUUGGUAGAGUUCGAUGGCUACUACUUAGAGAGUGAUCCCUGCUUGGUGUGUAACAAUCCUGAAGUUCCAUAUGCGAGCACAAAGUUGUCUUCUCUCAAAGUUGAUACUCGUUACACUACAACUUCACAAUUGGUGAAACUGAGUGGAAGCUGCAGCAUUUCCAAGUUUCAUAUUCGUGUCUCAGAUGUGAGAAGAACUAAAAUGGUACGGACUAUCAAUUUGUAUUACACAAAUCGAACAGUGCAAUCAGUCAUAGAAUUGAAAAACAAACGUUCCAUAUGGAAGCAUGCAAAGACAUGUCAUUUGACUCCUGGUCAGACUGAAGUGAAGGUUGACUUUCCACUGCCUAUCGUGGCUUGCAAUAUCAUUGUUGAGUUCUCUGACUUUUAUGACAAUUUUCAAGCUACGUCUGAAACGCUGCAGUGUCCUCGUUGUAGUGCGCAAGUGAAUGCCAAUCCAGGCAUUUGUGGCAACUGUGGAGAAAAUGUGUUUCAGUGUCACAAGUGCAGAUCAAUCAACUAUGAUGAAAAGGAUCCAUUUUUAUGCAUUUCUUGUGGUUACUGCAAAUACGCACGUUUUGAUUUCAGUCUUUAUUGCAAGCCAUGCUGUGCUGUCGAUCCAAUUGAAACUGAGGAAGACAGAAAAAAGGCUAAUUCUACGAUCAGUACUCUUCUUGAUCGAGCUGAUCGAGUGUACAAACAACUUCUCGAGCAUCGUCAACCUCUAGAUCGUUACCUGUCAGAAGUUGGCAGCCAAGGAGAAUUGGAUGCAAGAGAGGAAGGCGCUGCAGUUGUUGGAGGAGGCAAUAACAGAAGCGGUGUGAACAAGAUGAUACAGGUUUUGGCUCAACGAUACUGUGGAGACUGUAAGUCAUCAUUUGAAGAGUUGAGUAAGAUUAUGCAGAAGGUGCUUGCAUGUCGAAGAGAGAUUGUUGAGUAUGACAGACUUCAGCUAGAGAAGGCAUACCAGCAGUCUAGUAGGAGCUCCACACCAUCAUCAACACCAACAACUCCUCAACCAGAUUCAAUGAUUCCGUUCUUGCUUGGUCCACCUCAUGUUGCUCAAUGCAAUCUCACAGCUGGAGCGACCGCCAAGCCUGACUGCUACGGCUGCAUGUCUGCGGCAACAGAGCAUUGUGUUGCAUUGCUAAGGGCUCUAGCAGAGCAGCCUGAGACAAGGAAUAUGCUUGUUGAGCAAGGUUUGAUUCAAGAGCUUGUUAACAGCAACUUGAGACGAGGGUCUCUCAAGAUGAGGCGGCAAGUGAGGGCUUUGAUUUGCCUUCUUAUACGAGACAACAAAGUUUCUACACGACGUCUUAAUAAGAUUCUCAUACGGCAGGUGAAAGCUGCUAUUGAUCAGCAUCAGCACAAUCCAAGUGUGAUAUCUUCUAUACAACAUGAAAUGCAGCUUCUAAUGGCUACUAUUGACAUUCAAGACAGCUGCUGGGAAGACAGGCUACGGUUUAUUUUUAAGCUUUUCCUCUAUAGUAAUCAAGCUCAUAGUCCAGUUGUAACAGAGCAUGUCACAUUGCCUUGUCUUAAAGUCUUAUUGCAUGUCAUGAAACUACCGACAAAAGUAGCAGAGCAAAUUAAAGAAAAAGGCCUUUCACCUACGACACUACUGGGCAAGCAACUGACUGUUGCUGCAGAACGCUGGUUGGCUGGAGACCCCAAGCAUAGCUUUCAAGCCUGGAAAAACAGUCAAAAGCAGACUCAAGGAAAAGAACAAAGUCAUGAGAAAUACCUUUUUGAAAAAUAUGGUAGGAGAUGGCUUGCUGCAAUGAAAAAGAAAUCGGUGGCUCGCUCUCAACUUAGCACUAAAGCUUGGCUUCUUCGAGUGCUUUUUACACCGUCAUCCAAGAUGGCACGUCAAGUAGCUUGUAGCAUGGUGGAAGCACUGUGUGAGGAUGACACUCGUCGUUACCAGAUUCUUGACCUACUUUCAUCCUGUUUAGGGGAUCUUGGUAGAGCUGGUCAGAAUGCUGCUGAGUUCUUGCAGCUUUAUCAGAAGCUGUCUGGUCCUGAAAGGUGGAAGAGCUACCUAGCAAUCAAAGGCAUUCUUCCUCAGAUUGGAGUUCUAAUGACUCGGGAGAUUGAACAUCUUACAGAGCUUGAACAGACAACACUAAGCUCAGAUCUCUCACAAGGCUACGCUCUCAAAAUGCUGACAGAAUUGCUUGCUUCAUUUAUUGGACAUAAUCAGAUAAGGCAACAAUACAAGAGUAAGCUAGUGGCAACAAUUCUUGAUGGCUAUCUUGCAUUGAAACGAUUGGUCAUCCAGCGAACCAAGUUAGUUGAUGACACACAGGAGCUACUGCUGCAACUUCUUGAAAAUAUGACAUCUGGAACAGAGGCAGAAACGAAAUCAUUUAUGGCAAUUUGUGUCCAAACUCUUAGUAAAUGUCCAGUUGGGGAUGUUUUGACGCCCACAUUUAUUGCUGAAAGGCUGUGCAGUAUCAUCUCUCCGGAAGAUAAUGAAACAGCAGAUUUCUAUAUCAUCCUAGACAAGGAUCCUGCCCAAGAAGAAUUCCUUCAAGGUCGCAUGCAAGGCAAUCCAUACAGCUGCAAGGAACCAUCUCUUGGCCCACUCAUGCGUGACAUCAAGAACAAGAUUUGCACUGAUUGUGAGUUGGUUGCACUUCUCGAUGAUGACACAGGCAUGGAAUUGCUGGUGAAGAAUAAGAUAAUCAGCUUAGAUUUGCCAGUGAAAGAAGUCUACAAGAAGGUAUGGUGCAAAGAUGCAGGAGAUGCGGAUAAGCCAAUGAGAGUUCUCUAUCGCAUGAGAGGUCUCUUAGGAGAGGCCACUGAGGAUAUGAUUCAGUCACUUGACUCGACUGAUGGAGAGAAAGAUGAUGAAGAAGUCUAUCAGCUGUCAUCUGUACUGAGUCAGUGCUCUGGUCUUGAGGCUGUGCUAGAAAGAUUUAGCCAACUUCAUAGUCUAAUUCAUGGAAAGCAGAUGGUCAAUGCUUUAUUGAAGUUGCUGUCGUAUGGUGUCAAAGUGAAAGCAAACAGACGACAUUUGGCUCAACCACAGUUGAAUGCUUUGAAUGUAAUGCUCCACACACUUAACCAGGCUUUACGUUUGGAACGUGAUCUUAAUGAUGGAAGUGGAGCCACAAUGGCUGAAGAGGUGUUGCUCAUUAUUGAAGCGAUUUUGCUGGAAGCCAGUGCAGUGGCUACAACUGAAGGAACAAUGGAAGACAUUUCAACUCUGUCUGAAGAUGAAUCUCAUCUCACAAUGUUACUAGAAUUUAUGGAUAGUCCUCACGUAAGGUCGGAUGCCAGUGUUCUUCAAGCUAUGAUGAGACUGAUACCAUUUUUGACAUAUGGAGAUGAGAAGCGAAUGCAGCUGCUAUUGGAUCAUUUCUCUCCUCACUUGGAUUUCGAUCGGUUUGAUCGAGAGCAAGGUGCAGACAAUAAACUCUUCUUGAAUUGCUUUUGUAACAUUGCCAGUGGCAUUGUCAGUAAUGCACAAGGUGCUCAGCUGAAAGACCUGAUUUGUGAGAAUGGAAUAGUUGACCACGCUGUUCAGUAUUUUGACUCUUACUUGCCACCAAAACCUGCUGUUGGUGUGAAACCAGGAGACGAUGAAGAAUUCAAGGAGUUUCUUGCUCGUCCAUCUUUACCAUAUCUGUUGAGAAUGUUGACUGAUCUGUGUAGGAAGCACGAUAGAACACAGUUGUUGGUGGGUGAAUCACUUAUUGGAGCUAUCCAUCGUUUGGAGCAAGUUUCUACUGAAGGGAGUGUUGGAUCACUGGCUGAGAAUCUCAUGGAGGCUCUGAAAGGAAAUCCAGUGGUGGAGAAGAAGGUGGACGAGGUUCGUCAGCAGACAAAAACGGAGAAGAAACGAUUGGCAAUGGCUAUGAGAGAGAAACAGCUCGGUGCUCUGGGAAUGGCUAUGGAUGAACAAGGUCGAGUUGUUGCCACACGAAAAGUAGAAGAGGAAAUGAAGCAGCUAGUGGAAGAGACGGGUCUGCGUUGUUGCAUAUGUUUGGAAGGCCAUAAGAAUCAACCAAAGAAAGCACUGGGUAUAUACACAUUUACUAGAAGAACUGUGUUAGAUGAGUUUGAGAACAAACAACGGAAGACAUACGGAUACACAACCGUGACACACUUCAAUGUUGUUCACUAUGACUGCCAUUAUGAUGCCAUCAAACAUUCUCGUGGGAGAGAUGAAUGGGAAAGUGCAUCACUGUAUAAUGGCAAUACCAAGUGUAAUGGACUUCUACCAGUAUGGGGACCCGAUGUGUCCGAAUCAGUGUUUGCUGGAAACUUGGCUCGAUACAACAGCAGUGUGUCUGAGUGUACUGGUCUACAUGACACGGGAUAUGUAUUCACUGUUCACGAUGUUUGUCUUCUACUCACUCGUUUUGCUACCGAGAAGUCGUUUAGUGCUGAAACGGGCGGAGGCGGAAGAGACAGUAACAUGAAGUUCAUACCGUACAUCAUCAGUAUAGCACUUUACGUCAUCAACACAACUCGUGCCGCUCCUAGUCUUGAUCGUCUUCUCACAAGCUUUUUAGAGGCUCCGAGUGAAAAAUGGAUGGCAACAGCAUAUGAGCUGGAGAGUGCAAUGUAUUACAGUGUGGUGUCACUGUUUGUUCUCAACGCUAAAGAUUGGAAAGUGCACCGGCUCUUGUUUCUCAAACGUUUCCUUGUACUAGCUCAUGCCAGGCACGAAUCGUCUUCUCCAAUUGAAAAGUUGUCAGCAGUGGAUCCACUUGAGUACAAAUUGUACAAACCGUAUUUAUUGUUGUGGGCCUUGGUCGAUAUGAUACACACCCGUCUCAAGAAGGAAUCUGACUUGAGUGACUCAUCUGAUUUAUGUUCCGCGUGGCUUGACUGGCUGAGACGAAACGAUCAACUCGUAUUGGCUACCUGUGAGAAGAUGUUGGUGUCGUAUCAAGAAGAGCUCUUGCCAAUUGAGAGCUUUGAAGAGUUUUGUGAUGCAACAGGUGUACUGAAGGAUGUGGGCAAUCCGAACGACUUCAUUCAAUCAGCUCUUCAGACUCAGAUAAGUCAGUAAGAUAAGUCAAUAAGUCUGGACUACUAGUGUGUUUGACAUUGUACUGUAUGCCGAUAGAAAGUUAACAUUCGUGGUCGUAUUAGUUAGUCGACAAUGAUGUUGUAGUGAUUGUUGAUUGUGAUGUUUGUGCAUUAUUGUGAGAUGUAAGGAAAUUGUCAGUGAG